AUGGCGGGCGCACUACCCAACGCAAAGAAGACCCUAAUCAAGAUCGCGGAUGAGGACCGCGAGUCACGCUUUGGCCAGGUGUUCGGCGUGUCGGGACCCGUCGUGGUCGCCGAGAACAUGACCGGAUGCGCCAUGUACGAGCUUGUCCGCGUCGGACACGACGAGCUGGUCGGCGAGGUCAUUCGUAUUGACGCCGACAAGACUACGAUCCAAGUAUACGAGGAGACGUCGGGACUGACUGUCGGCGAUCCGGUCUUGAGGACCGGCAAGCCGCUCAGUGUGGAACUCGGCCCUGGUCUCAUGAGUAAUAUCGUCGAUGGUAUCCAACGACCACUACGCGGCAUCCAAGAAUUGUCAAAGUCCAUCUAUAUACCCCGUGGAAUUAAUACCGAGGCUCUUGACCGCUCCCUGAAGUGGGACUUCACGCCUACGGAUGUCAAGAUCGGCGACCACGUCUCGGGCGGUGAUAUCUACGGAACCGUGUACGAGAAUUCGCUGGUCAAUGCGCACAAGAUUAUGGUUGCGCCGAGGGCGAUGGGUACCGUCACACAUGUUGCGGAAAAGGGCAGCUACGCCGUCGAUGACGUUGUGAUGGAGACCGAGUUUGAGGGCAAGACUACGAAACACACGCUCAUGCAAUUGUGGCCCGUUCGCGCUCCCCGACCUGUUACCGAGAAGCACACUGCCGACUAUCCCUUACUUACUGGUCAACGCAUUCUCGACGCGCUAUUCCCAUGUGUGCAAGGUGGCACGACAGCGAUUCCGGGCGCGUUUGGCUGUGGCAAGACCGUUAUCUCGCAAGCGCUGUCCAAGUUCUCGAACAGCGAUAUCAUCAUCUACGUCGGUUGCGGUGAGCGUGGUAACGAGAUGGCCGAGGUUUUGAUGGAGUUCCCCGAGCUGACGAUGGACGUCGGAGACCGCCAAGAACCCAUCAUGAAGCGCACAACCUUGGUCGCAAAUACGUCCAACAUGCCCGUCGCGGCUCGUGAGGCGUCUAUCUACACUGGCAUCACCCUCGCCGAAUACUUCCGCGACCAGGGCACGAACGUCUCCAUGAUGGCCGACUCUACGUCUCGCUGGGCCGAGGCGUUGCGUGAGAUUUCGGGUCGCCUGGCCGAGAUGCCUGCCGAUUCUGGUUACCCGGCUUAUCUGAGUACCAAGCUCGCUGGCUUCUACGAGCGUGCUGGUAAGGUUACUGCUCUUGGUAACCCCGUGCGCCAGGGUACAGUCUCCAUUGUUGGCGCCGUUUCUCCGCCCGGUGGUGAUUUCUCCGACCCGGUCACGUCGGCAACCCUCGGUAUCGUGCAGGUCUUCUGGGGUUUGGACAAGAAACUCGCUCAGCGCAAGCACUUCCCGUCCGUGAACUGGAACGUCUCUUAUUCCAAGUACACCAAGGUGCUCGAACCUCACUACGAGUCGACUGAACCUGGCUUCGUCGAGCUUCGGACGAAAACGAAGGAGAUCUUGCAGAAGGAGGACGACCUCGCGGAGAUUGUCCAACUUGUCGGCAAGAGUGCUCUCGGCGAGAACGACAAGAUUACGCUCGAGGUUGCGCGCAUGCUCAAGGACGACUUCCUCCAGCAGAACGGCAUCAGCGAGUACGACCGCUUCUGUCCGUUCUACAAGACGAGCGCGAUGCUUCGCAACUUUGUCGAGUUCCAUGAUCUUGCUGUCAAGGCCGUCACCUCGCAAGACGUGACAUUCGCCAAGGUCAAGGAGUCCGCUGGUGAUCUCUUGUUCAAGCUCAGUCAGAUGAAAUUUGAGUCGCCGUCGCAGGGCAAAGAGCCUAUCAUGGAGAAGCUAAAUGCAUUGCACAACGAGAUUAUCGAGAGGUUCCGCCAGAUCGCAGAGUAA